GUGGAUGUUGACGGCGGCGGAGGUCGGGGCUGCGUAGUGGGAGGCGGACUGGCGAGGGGCGCCAGAAGAGCUGCAGGUGCGGCCCAGCGGCCGAUUCCGCGGGCCCGCCGAGCCAGGAGCGGCAGCUUUCCGUAAGCGCGGUCCCGAAGAUGGGAGGCGCGGUGAGUGCUGGUGAAGACAACGACGAGCUGAUAGACCAUCUGAAGGCGGCGCAGUACAUCCGCUCCGAGCUGGUGGAGCAGGCCUUCCGAGCUGUUGACCGCGCCGACUAUUACCUCGAGGAGUUUAAGGAGAACGCGUACAAGGACUUGGCGUGGAAGCACGGGAACAUCCACCUCUCCGCUCCGUGCAUCUAUUCGGAGGUGAUGGAGGCCCUGGACCUGCAGCCUGGCCUUUCCUUCCUGAACCUGGGCAGCGGCACCGGCUACCUCAGCUCCAUGGUGGGGCUCAUCCUCGGUCCUUUUGGUGUGAACCACGGGGUGGAACUCCAUUCAGAUGUGACAGAGUAUGCGAAGCAGAAGCUGGACUUUUUCAUCAGGACAAGUGACAGCUUCGACAAGUUUGACUUCUGCGAGCCCUCCUUCGUCACCGGCAAUUGCCUGGAGAUCUCUCCAGGCUGCUCUCAGUACGACCGGGUGUACUGCGGGGCAGGCGUGCAGAAGCAGCACGAGGGGUACAUGAAGAGCCUCCUCAAAGUCGGGGGCGUCCUGGUCAUGCCGCUGGAAGAGAAGUUGACUAAGAUAACUCGGACGGGUCCUUCCGCCUGGGAAACCAAAAAGAUUCUGGCUGUGUCUUUUGCUCCACUCGUCCAGCCCUGCCAGUCGGAGUCAGGAGAAUCAAGACUUGUCCAGUUACCACCCCUGGCGGUUCGCAGCCUCCAGGACCUGGCGCGCAUUGCCAUCCGGGGCACCAUUAAGAAGGUCAUCCACCAGGAAGCUGUGAACAAAAACGGGAACGGACUGAAGAACACUCCCAGGUUUAAACGGAGGAGAGUUCGCCGCCGCCGAAUGGAAACGAUUGUCUUUUUGGACAAAGAGGUGUUUGCCAGUCGGAUCGCCAACCCCUCUGAUGACACCAGCUGCGGAGACCUGGAAGACGAGCGGCAAGAAGAAGAGGUGACAACCCCGCCGGACACCAAGCCCGAGCCCCCGGUGAACUUCCUGCGUGAGAAGGUCCUGAGCCUCCCUCUGCCAGAUCCCCUGAAGUACUACCUGCUUUAUUACAGAGAAAAGUAAGUCUGUGGUCCAGGGGAGGAGGCCAAGCCUUCCUGGAGGGCUGCCCACAGCAGGUGCACUGGAGGAGGAAGGGGCUCCUGCUCUGCAUCUCGUCUUCUCGUCUGUCCUUGACUGUCCUGUAGAGUUUUCAUCCAGUCAUCUGAUUUCUGUAAACACAGUCUGACAAACAUAAGGUGCAAGGGGGAAUGUCUCAAAAGGGCGAGAGUCUCCUGGAGGAGGGGUUGACUUCACACUCUCAGGAAAUGCUGAGGUCUACACGUGGAGGUGGCCUGGAGACCGUUUCUUACACAAGGUACACGUGUCUGCAUCAGAAAGGAAAACUGAAGUUGAAAUUAACCUGUGUUUCUUAUAAAAGGUGAGAAAAAAAGCACAAGUUGCUAAAUGUAUAAAAUCUUUUCUGAGUGGGACAUGCCUAUGUGCAAGUUUGAAUUUUACGGUAUCAACCUCUUAAUUACUGGCAGCGAGUAAUUAAAGAUUUAUUAAAAGAUUAAUUUAAAAGA